AUGGCAGAAGAAACAGAUUUUAGCAAAAAUGAGUCUUCAAAUUCGAACCAAACCAGCUUGGAUGAAGCUGAAAAUUCUGAAAAACCAAGCACUGACGAAAACUCGGAAAACGAAAAUGGAUUGAAGAAAUUCGACGUAGAGAAAAGUGAAAAGAAAAACGAGUAUCCUUCUAGUUGUUAUUGUGGUAAAGAAAGGAAUCCAAACAUCGUAGAACUCCUUUGUGCAAAUUGUUCGAGGUGGUACCACGAAUCAUGCAUAGGUUAUCAGUUAGGAAAACUCGUUCCAUUCAUGUCUAACUACAUAUUUCUCUGCAAGAAUUGUUCUCCGACUGGGUUAGAAAGUUUCAAGAAGAGUCAAGCUCAAACCCAACAAAUGUGUGUUACAGCCAUUGCAAACCUUCAGCAAACCAGCUGCAAAGAGGGAACCAACCGUACAAUGUUCAGCAAAGAUAAAGAGAUCAUACCCUACAUCGAGUACCAUUGGGAGGCUUUAACGACCACAUCCCGGAGAGUGACCCAGUCGUGGCAUAUAACCGUCACUAAAGCCCUUAUCAAAGACAUCCAUAUUCUUUUUAUAUUCGAAGACAAUGCGACGAACGGUCAUAUGUAUGGACUGCUGAAUUCGGAUUUGUCCCAAAUCAAGCCAAAUUACGGGGCUAUGAUUAAAGGUGGGAUGUUGAAGGUUACAGAUAUGGGUAUACAGCAUGGUAAGUGA